GAAGACCCAAAAGGCAGCCUGCCUUCUUCACCAAGCCGAUACUGCUUCUUGCAGUAACACUCGGAAGCACUCCAUUGUUUUAAUCCAUUUAUUCCCAGCCGCUCCAGUCUCCUCGGCAAUCAGAAUCCAUGGCGGCUCGAAGCCUCGUCCUUUGGCUUCAUGGGUUAGGUGACUCGGGCCCCGCUAAUGAACCCAUCAAGACCCUUUUCACUUCUCCCGAGUUCAGGAGUACCAAAUGGUCCUUCCCUUCUGCUCCUUCCCUUCUGCUCCUUCAAAUCCAGUCACCUGCAACUCUGGUGCUGUGAUGCCUUCAUGGUUUGACAUCCACAAGAUUCCUGUCACAGCUGAUUCUCCAAAAGAUGAAAGUGGUGUGCUCAAAGCAGUUCAGAAUGUGCAUGCAAUGAUUGACAAGGAGGUAGCUGCUGGGACAGAUCCUAAUAAUGUUUUUGUGUGUGGAUUUAGUCAAGGAGGUGCCUUGACCUUGACUAGUGUUCUAUUGUACCCGAAAAAGCUUGGAGGAGGGGCAGUCUUUAGCGGAUGGAUUCCUUUCAAUUCUUCCUUGAUAGAAAGAUUUCCACCAGAUGCAAAGAAGACACCUAUUUUAUGGUCUCAUGGAAUUGUUGAUGGGAUAGUAUUAUUUGAGGCUGGACAAGCAGGCCCUCCAUUCCUUGAACAAGCUGGGGUGAGCUGUGAGUUUAAGGCCUACCCUGGUCUUGGCCAUUCAAUAAGCAACGAAGAGCUGAAGUAUCUAGAAUCAUGGCUCAAGACCCGUCUACAGAGUUCUUCCUAAGAGGUUUGAGCAUCUUGGGAACUAAAACUUAUUAUCUUGACUAGUAAUUUAGUGAUUGUUAGUUGAUCAUAUACCAUAUGCCAGAUAUUCUUCCAUGUUAUGCGUCUCAUUGUAAUAACAGUAACAGUCUGAGAUCCAACUGCUGUGUUUUUCACCUUAUUUAAGGUGAAAUAUGCAGUUUCUCUUUCACAACCUGAGUGUACCUACCAUUGAAUUAGUCUACUCAAAAGGCAAGACAAAAUAAGGCAUUGUCCUAUUGUGUAUGAACUCUUGCUGAUUUAUACCGACCUUAGUAUCAUUCUGCUUGGCUUGACUUUCAGCAUAGGAAUCUUUCCUAUGUAGCUGGUAUAACAUAUUGCAUGUGUCGUAUGAGACGUAAUGACCCUCCUAUUUUCUAAUGUCCCAAUAUCUACGGCAUAUCUACAAAUUCUUUGAUUUGUCUAAGUCAUGGAAAUUAUUCUUUUCUUCGAAUCACCUCAUAUCUAAAAGAAGAUGUUAGUGAUUUGAAAAAACGAAAAAAGAAAGGAUAUGCCCUCCUUUCCAGAUUCCAAGAAGUAAGGUCUCUCUUCCACUUCUCCGGAAUACAACAUUCCUCACAGA